CUGAGAUGGCUCCAUUUCAAAAUGGGCAUUACGCAUGCAGUCACCAGAGGCAAUGGGCAUACAAUACAGAUAAGUUUAUCAAAAGGCACACCAUAUAGGUCUAAAAAACAGAUCUACGUGAAAUAGGAAUUAUGAACACCCCAUGCACCACAUAUUAUAGGCUAUUCAUACUCGAUAUUAGGAUUUCCACAAUGCGCAAAAUGGGGAGGUUUGUCACCAAACGCAACAGUUGGGUAAUGGUUGGCACCAAUAAUGGUUGGCACCACCAAUGGUUGGCAAUGGUUGGCAGAACCAGAACUUAUUUCAAGUCCUAAACGCAUUUCUUACAGGCUGGUCUUGAACCGCUGGGUCAUUCCUAACAAGCCCCAUAUUCCUCCAAAACGAAACUAACUGAAACGAAACCAACUUAGCGUCUUUGGAGCCGCGCUCUCACUGCCAAGCUUCUAAAAGUCGACACUUGAUGAUGUCAUCAGACGAGGAUUUCUCCCUGGUCACACCUGAGUCCGAAUUGCAGAAAAUACGCAAUGAAAUCAGCAAGUGCCAAAGAACCUAUGAUACCAUUCUUAGUGAUCAGAAAAUGCUUGCAGACGGCCGUGACAACAACCUUCACUUUGCAAAAGAGUUUGACCAGCGCUGCACUAACAUGAAGGCAGCCCUGAAGGCCGAGCAACAGAAACAGGAGCAGAUCCUGGAAAUGGAGCAACGGAAAGUCGCUGCCCUUCUGGAUGACCAGCAGUCUCUUCGGACUCAGAUCCAGAGAGCGCAGGAGGACAUCCAGCAACUGGAGGAGACAAACCAGCGCCUCAGACAGCAAUCAGAUGUGUCCACCGCAGUGCCUGAGAGAAAAGUGAUUUUCAAGGGAGACACAUCUGACGCGGGUGAUACCUCGGGCUGCUUUGACAUAAACCCCAAAGUCGUGUAUCCCAUGGAGGGAGGAACAGCUCUGAUCACAUUUGAGGAAGAGGCCGUGGCACAGAACAUCCUCAAGCAUAAGGACCAUGACGUUGUCCUGGAGGGCGGAGUCACUCUCAGCGUGCAGGCCUUGCCUGUACACCUCAUGAUGCCCAGCUAUGUAGAGCUGGACACUCAGGUUUGUCCUCAUCGUAUUCUGGUGUCCAACCUCCCUAAAAUGGAUUCUGAGGAGAGGCUACUGGACAAGCUGGAGCUCCACUUCUCCAAGAAGAAGAAUGGUGGCGGAGAGGUGGAGGAAACCGAUAUGCUUUCCGACUCUGGCAAUGUGGUCAUCACUUUCGUAGACAACAAUAUUGCCAAGGGCCUGACAGACAAGCAAGACCACGAGGUGGAGGCAGAGAGGGGGAAACGGCACAAGGUGAAAGUCACACCAUUCCUCAACGGGAAAAUCGCUGACCUUCAGACCCGUGAGACAGUGUGCCGGCGCAGCGUGCUGCUGACAGGCAUCCCCUCCAUCAUGGACCAGGAGAGCCUUCAGGAUCAGCUUGAGAUCCAUUUCCAGAAGACCUGCAACGGGGGCGGAGAGGUGGACGACAUCAUCUACAACCCCCUGGGCCAGACGACCGUGGCCGAGUUCGACGGGGACUCUGGAGCUACUGAAUGAGGCUGAGGGCAAAUGAGAUGGUCAAUUAUAGAUCAAUCUCUAAUAUGCCUGGUGGGUAUUCUGAUAACCUGGCUCAGUAGUAAACCAGGUUAAGUUAACCUUUAGGUAGUCGUGGUAAAUCAUCUAAUAGAAGAGCCUUGGGUCCUCAUUUUCUUAGCCAAGGA